UUGGUCCGUUCAUUUCACAGGGGCACACAUAACAAAAACUGAUGAGUCAGAAGCCAAUCCCUGCCAUGACGAGUGCAAUGUCGAUGCUUACUGACAUAAUUUAAAAAGUAAUUCAGUAAGGGAGGCAUGUGUUUAUAAAUACUAGCUUCACGAGUUAACCUUCAGCUUGUUCUUUCAUGGCGAAGUCCAGAAGACUCUCCUUUUGACAAUGGGAAUUUAUAUCAACACUAAUGGAUACCAAAAGGAUAUCAACUCUAGUCCUUCCGUUGAUGUCUGCUGUGUGUGUUGUCCUCAGUCAAUCAAGGUCUACUUGCCCAAGGAACCAGGUCUUGCACAGAAAUUAUGACAGAUGUUGUCAGUACGUCAGUUGCAAACCUCAGCAUUAUGUAAGGGUCUGUGACAGGGAGGGUGGGGCCGAUGUGUGUGUCCCCUGCGGCCCUAAUGCUUACCUGGACGAUCCCACAAACAGUUACUUUGUGUUCGACUGUCUAGAGAAAACCUGUGGCGAAGACACAGUACCCAUCGACUCCCCAGCCACAGAGUUCAAUGGCUCCGCUUGCUCUAAGCGAUGUCGCUGUAACCCUGCCAAGAACUACUGUGGGACAGACCCCUGCAGGUGUCGGUACACUCUGUGCAGUCAGGGGGAGACCCUCCUACAGAACUGCACCUGCGUCAGAGAGGAGGCAGAAAACGGCGGCAAAACAAGUAUUGAUAAAUCAGAUUUUCCUGAUGACCCAGGGAAUGUUUCCGAACCAGAAAAGAACAAAACAAUGAUAAUUAUAGCAGCUGUUUCAGUCGGUGUGCUCGUUGUCGGUGCAAUUGGUGCUGUGUACAUUUACCAAAGGAGAAAUAAUUCAUCGUACUUGAAUAUUAUAAAUGUUACUAAUAACAAAACCAGAGUUCACAAUUAUCAAGAUUGCAACGUGCAAAUUGGAGAUAAAAACACUCAGAUCGUUCAUGAGUUUGUUUCGGAAAAUGAGAGUGCAUCAUCAACAGAUGAAUAAUAAACCAAGAUGUGGUAUUGCUAUAUAUGUGGCAUUAAGUGAUUUACAUUCGUGGCAUCAAUGAUAUAAUGCUGGAAGAUAUUGACUUUUGUGCAUUGUAUAUUCAAAUACCUUUACUUAAAACAAUUGUUACAGAGAUUUUAUGACAUGUGUGUACAGUGUGACGAGGGUAAUGAUCUCAAUAAUGAUCUCUGGUUUUUAUGAACCUGGGGAUUUAGCUUAAAAUACUACUCAUCAUCCGGGGUCAAAAUAUGAUAAAAUUAAUGUUAGAAAAACUUUCAAAAAGAAUGGUUAGGAGUUCCCUCGCCAAAAUUGUUGGUUUACAUAAUCAUCCAGUCAUUCCAAAAAAUUGACAAGGAAAUUGCAAAAAAUAAAUCUUGUUUUUCAAUUGCAAAUUGCAAAUUGAACAGGCCUGUACGUUGUGGCAUGUUAAGGUGUAACCGUACACAAAUUUGUGUCACAAUUACCUACUUGUAAUUGUUGAAUGUGAAUAAGCUUAGUCCGAAUACUUGAGAUACUGGUAGCUCACGAAAUGAGCUUAUGCAAAUCAGUCAACUAAAUGUUUAACUGAAAAGGUGACUGAAUGACAUAGUUAUAUCACUCAGAUACAUGUACCUUUUAUUUACUUUGCAAUUAUGUAUAUCUUUUAAGUCGAGUUAAAGGCAGAACUUCAUCCUGUGUGAUCAGGCCCCGCUGUCACAAACUUUCUUGAAAUCAAUACUCAGCUUCAAGUCUGAGUUUUUAACCCCAAAUCAUAUAUAUGCACUUUUCUUUAAAGGAUUUGAGUUGAGGACUGAGUCGAGCGAUUUGAAAAUUUUGGUGACCGCGGGGCCUGUAUAUACCUGUAUGUCAGAAUAAAGGUGCUUGAGAGUCUUUAUGGGUCGUAUGUUGAUAGUUUAUGAAAUGAUAGACUAGGUUUAGAAAAAAAAAUAUACAUGUAAUAUAUAUCAGUGAAGAAAUUGUAUUGGAGAUUAAUUACACACUCGAUCUCAAAUUUCCGUUUAUUAGAAAAAAUAUCGUUAUGAUUUUUUAUCGACCUGACGACGGUCUGAACAUGAUAUUAAUUUGGUUUAAAAAAAAAUUAUUGUCAAAUAUUUUAUACUUUUUUAUGAUAGAAAAAUAAAUGGUGUUUGGGACGUUUGAUUAUUUCUGGUAAAUUUUAACUGAAUGUUUUGAAUAACAUUUCAAGCCUAUUUCAAACAUUUGAGUUUCUUCCCUUUUGGUACAUAUAGAAACUAACUUUGAAUGUUGAUUUUACGGUAUAAUACAUGCAUUGUUUUACUUUUACACAAACUGUGAACCAUCCUCUGGUGUGUCUUACAUUGUGCAUGUUUUACUAAUGA